AUGGACUUACAAGUGAGUCAAGUUGGCAGCAUCGCCAUUGGAACGCCCCCUCAGGAGUUCACGGUUAUGUUUGACACCGGCUCCUCUGACCUGUGGGUGCCCUCCACCCACUGCCACAGUCCGAGCUGCUUGACACACAGUCUCUUCAACCCUCACAAGUCUACCACCUUCAAGCUCCUGGACAACCCUGUUGACCUCAUCUAUGCCUCUGGGAGGAUAAACGGAGUCCUUGGCCAAGAUGUCAUUCAGAUUGGGAACCUUCUCCACUUCAACCAGACCUUUGCCCUGAGCCAGAAGCAAUCCAAACAUUUUUUUCAAAAUGCACCUUUUGAUGGCAUCCUGGGGCUGGGCUUCCCCAGCCUUGCCAUCCAAGGAACCACUCCACUCUUUGACAACCUGAAGAAACUUGGACUUAUUCCUUACCCUCUCUUUGCCUUCUACUUGAGCUGGUAA